AUGUACCUAAUUGUUGGUGCUCUCGAGUGUGCCUUUAUGAGGACCAGCCAGAAUAUUACGCCAGGUCGUUCCCUAUUCCGUGAUAUCGCUGCGGGCUGGCAACAAUGGCUGGCCACGAUUCUUUUGGUUGCUAUUCAGGUGUGUAUAACAUUAACUGUGUCGGCGCCGGGUUGUCCCCGCGGGUAUGUGGGACCCGGAGGUCUUCACCGCACUGCAUUAGGUGAUUUCUCGCUGGUCAACUGCACUGGUGGUAUCGCAGGAUAUAUUGACAGAUUAAUUCUUGGCUCUUCUCACUUAUACAAGGGUGGCAGCUUCCGCAAGAUCUACAUGCCCCUACAGCCCCAUGAUCCCGAAGGAUUGUUGGGAAUUCUUUCGGGCGUGCUAGUCGUGCAGGCGGGCGCGCACGCAUCGAGAAUUAUGCUUGUGUAUAACCACGCCAGGGCAAGAAUAAUGCGUUGGGUGUUCUGGUCGAUUGUAUUCAGCGUAGUUGGUGGCGCCCUCUGUGAAUUUUCCAAAAAUGGCGGACCGAUCCCAAUUAACAAAAACCUUUGGUCCGUGUCUUAUUGCUUGGUGACAGCUGGAAUCGCGUUCUUUAUACAGGCCGUGUUAUAUUUCUUGGUGGAUUUGAAGACGAAGUGGGGUGGUCGCCCCUUGUAUUAUGCAGGACAAAACGCCCUCUUCCUGUACAUCGGUAGUGAGCUUCUAAAACGUCAUUUCCCGCUAUACUGGCAUGUUCCAACCCCAACACACAGCCAAUUACUGGCAACACACGCGACCGCCAUGUUGAUUUGGCUGGCCGUCGGUGUUGCCCUACAUAGAAAGCGGAUCUUUAUAACGCUCUAA